AGGGGCCGACUGCAGGUAUCCAUGAAUAUUUUAAUAUUUUAGCCUCGUCUCACGUUGCCUUUUGUCAAGCACACAUCUCACCACCUGCCACUCAAAACAGAGAGGAAGAAGGGAGGGAAGAGUGGACGAAGGUGUCCAUUAACCCUGCUGCACAUUGUCUUUGUUCUGUUGGAGAGAAAUAAAAAAAGAAAGUGGGGGAGGGAAAGCAAGAGCCAAAGUGUGUAACCACCACUGUUACUUACAAGUGGCAGAAAAGGCCGAGAGAAAACAGCAGAGGAAGAAUAAAAUAAAGAAGGGAGAGGAAAAAGUGGGUGGGGGGGGGGGGGUUCAGAAAUGGAGAAGGCACCUGCUGCUCUGAGUAUUACUGCCUCUGUGUGCCGGGUCACGGAAGAGAAAGUAGGGGUGAGACAGCCGAGGAGAGAAGUAGUGAUUGAUGAGAGGGCGAGUGUAAGGUGAGACACAGGGAGGAAGACUGCACCAACGGGAUGUGAGCCUGCAAAUGCAUUUUAACCCAGCUACUGAGUUUUUAUUUUAUUUAGUCAUCUUCAGCUCUCAUGCAACAUGCGUAAGGAGAGGAGGCGAGGGAUGGAAGGCCGCUUGAGAAGAAGUCACCAGCGUCCGUGCAGAUAAAGAGCCCGGGCUAGAGAAAUUGUACCUGCCUUCUUUUUGAGGACCCUCGCGUGAGAGUGUGCGUCGGAGGGUUCCCAGGAGCCAGGAGAACAGGAACCAGGUGUUGGUCUGUCAGAGGGCAGGAGGGCCGACAGUACAACCAUCAGAGAGACUCCUGCAUUGGUGAUGUCACGUGACCGGCUGCCUCUCAUUGGCUCUUCUGGAAGUAAAACAACAGCGGCCAAGCCGUCGCUCGCCUCCCCUGCUCUCCAGCGCCGCCCUCAGGUUAAUCAGCGGAAACGCAGCCAGCAGCGGACGUCAUCCUCCGCCGCCCCUCACCAUCAUCCGGGUCCUUCCAUCCUCGUCUCAGACACCACCAUGACACCUUGGGCCGGCUUGGCUCUCUCCGAAUCCUCUUUCGCUUCAAUACCCCUGCCUCCUCCUCCACGAGCUCCUCCGCUGCCGCCUCCACCCCCUCCUGCUCCUCAGCCCACGCCUUCCACUUCGUAUCAUGGGAGACAGGAGGACGAUGACGAAGUUUCAAGUUCAAGUUUUAACUCUGAGGCUCCAUCUCCACAUGGUGCCAUCCCUCAGGACAGAGACGGCGUGGGAGUGGGGAGAGGUUUACGGGCGAGGCGUAGGUUGAUGCCCCAGCGCAGAGUGCCUCGCCCUCCCCGCCUCCCGCCACUGCGUCCCGUCACCAACCUGAGCUUCUCUCGCAGCUUCACCUUUUCCUUCUUCGAGCUGCCACUGCACCAGUCGCCCCGCUGCCGCGCCGAACGCACCAGAAACCUCCUGCUGCUUUUGAGGCAGAUACACUUCUAAAGAGUCUGUUGUGUGUUGCCACAUUUCAGACACCAGUAUACCAUUGUGCGAUCACAUUGUCUCCCAGGCCUCGCAGCUGGAGAGGAAAUGAGGAUUGGCUGUCUAGCCGUAAAAAGAAUCGAGUGUUUGUGUCUCACUCCCACUCAAUAAAGUUUUCUUUUAAUCUAAUGACCAGAGCCGACAAUUCAAUGUCUGUUCUGUUCUCAUUCAAGGUGCAAGGUCCGCCUACUGUGAACACAACAGCGUUACGCAACCUAUUAAAAUACACAGAACAUGCUAAUGCUACAUUGCAGGGUGAAGGGUGAAGGAUGAAUGAAGUCUCUGAACCUGAGGAACGAAGCUGCUCUAAAGUCUCAAGAUGGACAGCGUUGAACCAAAUGGCCUUCCUCACAAAAGGCCUCCUCUUCAGGCUGUUGCUCUGGACGAAGCACAGCUGGAUGUCCUCGGGCAACGGGUAGAGCAGCAGUCCCUGUCCUUUUUGGAGAGGGUGAAGGCACAAUGUUGUUGUUCCGGUCCCAGGUUGAAGAACUUGCUGCUUGGUUUUUUUCCUGUCCUGUCAUGGCUGCCUCGCUACUCCAUCAAGGAAAACGCUGUCGGGGACCUGGUGUCUGGAAUCAGUGUUGGGAUCAUACAGCUGCCACAAGGUAUGGCCAACGCCAUGUUGGUGGGAGUUCCUCCAGUGUUUGGUCUCUACAGCUCUCUCUAUCCUCUGAUCAUCUACUUCAUCUUCGGGACCUCCAGACACCUCUCCAUUGGUACUUUUGCCAUCCUGGCCAUCAUGAUUGGCUCUGUGACUGCUAAAGUGGAGUUGCUCGACAAUAGUGUUGAACAAAUUGAUGUGGAAGCGGCAAAAGUGAACGUGGCGGUACAACUCACUUUCCUCUGUGGCCUCAUACAGCUCCUGAUGUACCUGCUGCGUGGAGGAGGUGUGGGGCGCUGGCUGUCUGAUCCCGUAAUCCGAGGCUACACCACAGGAGCAGGUCUGCAUGUGAUGAUCCUGCAGCUGCCGCUCAUGACUGGAAUACCUGCGCAGAGACACACUGGACUGCUGCCUUCAGUUUGGACGUUAAAUGAUGUCUUGCACGGAGUGACCAGUGCUGUACCAGGAGCGCUGUCAGUCUCCAGUGUUUCCAUGGUGAUACUCAUCGGAGGCAAAAUACUGAAUGAGCGCUUUAAGGACAAGCUGCCUGUUGCCAUACCAUGGGAACUCAUGCUGAUUGUCCUGGGCACCAUCCUGUCAGUUCAGAUGGAUCUGGUUGGACAGCACAAAGUCCAGGUGGUGGGACACAUACCCAGUGGCCUGUCUCCCCCAGUGCUUCCCUCUCUCUCUCAGGCCAGAGAGCUGUUCAUUCCUGCCCUGUCGGUGGCUCUGGUCGGCUUCAGUUUCCUCUCGGCUUUGGGCUCAGUGUUUGCCAACAAACAUGGCUACCACGUGGACAGCAGUCAGGACCUGCUGGCUCUGGGUCUGUGUAACACCAUAGGAGGAAUGUUCCAGUGCUUCGCUGUCAGCUGCUCCUUCUCUCGCAGUAUGGUCCAGGAGAGCACUGGUGUCAAAUCACAGAUGGCCGGAUUGCUAUCCGCUCUAUUGAUGCUAACCAUCCUGUUAAAGAUCGGUCAUCUCUUUGAACAGCUGCCAAAGGCGGUGUUGGCAGUGAUCAUAGUGGUGAACCUGCAGGGGUUGAUGGCUCAGUUCAAAGAUCUGUGUCUGCUCUGGAAGUGUGACAGAUUAGACCUGCUGGUGUGGGUCGCCUCGCUGAUUUCCACGCUGGUCUUUAACCUGGACCUGGGUCUGGCUGUGGCCGUCAUCUUCUCUCUACUCACACUCAUCUACAGGACACAACACUCCUCCACUGUUGUUUUGGGUCGUAUUCCUGGCACUGACUGUUACAGAGAUGUGGUACUCUACACAAAGGCAAAGCCAGUUGCUGGGGUGACCAUACUCUCCUAUUCAAGUCCUAUUUACUUUGCCAACACUGAACUGGUCUUCACACAGAUCAGACAGACGGUGAGUCGUGAUCAGAAGGAAAGCCCAGCUGGAGUCCACAACUCUUCUUCCUCCUCCUCGUUGUCCUCUUCCUCUUCAGGACACACAUGGAGACACACUCAUUGCAUGGUUCUAGAUCUCAGCUCAGUCACCUUCAUGGACUCAGUGGCCAUGCUGGCACUUUGCAAGGUUGCAGAGGACUUGGAUGUCCAAGGUGUCGGUGUUUUUCUGGCAGCGUGCCCAGAGAGAAUCUUAUCUCAGCUGCAGCCUCGGGGUUGUAACGCAGACAGCCUGUCCACCUUGUGUCUCUUCCCAUCGGUCCAUCAUGCUGUCCAGCACUGGCUGAGCACCCUGCCAAGGCCUCUGGAGGAAAUCAAACCAGAUGCAACUGAAUGUUGAACCUACAUGGCCGCUGCUUUCACAGAACGUUACGUCACAUCAACGUUUUGAAACAAAGACAUUAAAACCUUCCCAUUGUGUAUAGGUAAUCAUUUUCACACAUUCUCAGACAAUAAAUGUAUGUUUCAUUUUUGGUAAAGUAUUUUGGAUUUGAUUAGAUGCUUCAUUCAAAUAAACCAUGACUCGCAGAGGACAGUUUUAAAUCUAUCAC